AUGGCUACACAGGAAGAGGUUUCUGCUGCCUCAAAGAUGAUCGAGGAUCAUCAUCUCUGGAUGGAAAUGAGCCGCUCUGAGCUCAAUAUUCUGCAAAACGCAUUCCAAAAUGUCGAGGAAUCGGCUCUGGUUUCCAAGGAAAAGGAGACUGAUUUCCUCUGGAGACGUGUGAAUACUGCAACUGCGUUAUUGACAUUUCUGAAAUCAAAAGCGACAACUGUGUCUGCUUCUGAUUUCUCCCAACUAUCACUUGGAACUUCCCAGCAGCUUGAGCCUAGUUGCUUCCCCGGUUCUGGAUUGUUUGAGAGCAUUGCAUGUGGUGAUGGUGUGGAUGAAGUUGAUGGGACUUACGUCACUGAGAUGCUUAACCAUGUUGAGACGGUUACAGGGGUAAUGGAGUCUCUGGCCAGGCGUGCUGUGAUCGCGGAAUCAGAAGCCGCGAUCGAGAAAGAAAAGGUUGCGUUAAGCCAAGAAGAAAUCGAGAGAAAGGUUGGGGAAAUGGAGAAGAUGGCCAUCAAGUUGGAGGACAUGGAAAAGUAUGCUCUCGGGACCACAAGCAUUCUCGGGGAAUUCCGACAGUGGCCAUUCCUCUCAAGGCAGUCGCGCUCUAGGAGGCAUCGCGAUGAUCCAGACCGCUUGGUCGAAAAUCUUGGAGGAUACAAGAUCCGGAUUCCCCCUUUCCAUGGCAACAACAAUCCUGAUGAGUACAUGGACUGGGAGAAGAAGUGUGAGUUCAACUUCAACUUACACAACAUAUCCAACAUCAACAGAGUCAAACUGGCGGUCUCUGAGUUCAAUGACUAUGCCCUAAGGUGGUGGGAACAAGUCGUGACCGCAAGAGAGAUUGGUGGAGCUCUUGAGGUCUCUACCUGGGAAGAGAUGAAAAGGAUCAUGAGGCAGAGGUUCAUUCCUAGCUAUUAUCAGAGAGAGCUACAUUCUAAGCUCAGGAGGCUCACUCAAGGGUCCAAAACUGUUGAAGAAUACUUCCAGGAGAUGGAAGGUAUGAUAAUGAGGGCUAAUGUGAUUGAGGACAGAGAAGCCACUAUGUCCAGGUUCCUUGGAGGGCUCAACCGCGAGAUCCAAGAUGUGUGGAGAUGCAAAACUGCCGAUGUAUCCAAGAGACUCCAAACCGGCUUCACACCAAAGUCUGAGCCAAGAGGAGCCUCUUACAGUCAAGACAAGGACAAGAGCAACCAGUACAACUCUGCCCUAGAGCUCGCGAGCUUAAGUGCUUCAAGUGUCAAGGCUUUGGACACUAUGCCAUGA